CACAUACAACAUGAAACCCGAUUGGGAAUGUGAUUGUGACGGUAUGUGUGGUUGUGCACAAAUGUAACAAAUGAAGAGAAAGUAAAGAGCUGACCAGUGAUUAAAGUUAUUUGAUCCGAGUAAAAGCAGUCGUACUCAGGUCUACUGUCAUUAUGGAGAUUGAAAUUUUAUAUGCACAUAAUUCCAAAUCAGCCGGUAAAGUAAAUUUACCAGAAACUGCUACGGUGGUUGAUGUCAAGGUGCAGGUGCAUAAAUUAGCAUCUCAUUUAUAUGUUGAACGACAAUCGAUUCGACUGGAAGCGCGUGGUAAAACCUUGAAAGAUAGUGACACAUUACAAAGUCUCAAUUUGAUGUCGGGCAGCAAACUCUACGUUAAAGAUUUAGGACCACAAAUCGGUUGGAGCACCGUAUUUCUGUGCGAAUAUGCAGGACCAUUGGCAGUUUAUUUGUGGGUUUACCAAAGACCAUGGAUUUUCUUUGGAAACGUUGCAGGAGCAUCAUAUUCUACUACACAACAUAUUGCUGCCGUAUGCUAUACAGUUCACUAUUUGAAGAGACUGUAUGAAACAAUGUUUGUGCACCGUUUUUCACAUGCCACCAUGCCACUGAUGAAUCUUUUCAAAAACUGUGCAUAUUACUGGGGAUUCACUGCAUAUGUCGCUUAUCAUGUUUGUCACCCGUUGUACACUCCACCAUCAUCAUUCCAAACAUACAUCGGAUUGGCAGGAUUUGCGCUUUGUGAAUUAGGAAAUUUGUCAACACACAUUGCUCUUCGUAACUUACGGCCACCAGGAACAAGAGUGCGUAAGAUUCCAAUUCCAGACUGGAAUCCAUUGACACAGUUGUUCAAUUAUGUGUCCUGCCCUAACUACACAUACGAAGUUGGUUCCUGGCUUUGCUUCUCGAUUUUAACCAAUUGCAUUCCCGCAUUCAUCUUUACAUUUGCUGGUUUCUACCAAAUGGCCGUGUGGGCACUCGGCAAACAUCGAAACUAUAAGAAUGAAUUCAAAAACUACCCCAAAUCACGGAAGGCAAUCGUUCCUUUCGUUCUUUAAAUAGCAGAGAUUCAAAUAUAGAGAGAUAUAUGCGAAAUGAUGCAAUUUAGUCUAGCUGCAUUUGGGACAUUUUAAUUUAUUUUUUAUUUAAUUUUGUGCCCAUCACAGCUGGAUGAGAAUUAAUAUUUUAGAAUAUCUCCAUCUAUAUAAUAAAUCCUGCUGAUUAGAAACAACUCAAUUAAUAAUCUUUAAAGCUUUCCAUAAAUUUACUUAACAAAAAAUGUGUCAGAAAAAAUCACCAGGAUUUUGAACAAAAUCCAAAUGAAAUUGUAGAUUGCAUUGUUCUUUUUUGUAUCUAAAAACUGUGCAAUUGAUUUAAAUUACAGCGUAAAAUAUGGGAUGGUUUGGCGAUUCAAACAAGAAACAAACGAUUUGAUCAAAAACUCAUUACGAAAUGGGCACGAAAUAUUCAUUUAAUCAUAUAAUUCUUAUAAUUUUGCUUCGAUUCACCGAAAUCUUUUUAGCGUUAAAUCCACAGAACAUAAUUGACUGGGAUUUUUUUUGUCAAAAACUUGUCUAUUUAGGAAAUGACUUACAAUUCAAUAAAUUUUCGACGUUUAUCAUGCGAAAAUGUGUCACAAAAAUUUGGUUGAAUUAUAAGGCACAGAACUCCAAAUAUCCAAAACAACCGGCAAUUAACAAAUAUCUCAGGUGGACAUUCAGCCAAUUUGUUCUCCUGUUACAUCUAUCAAUCGGAGUUAAAAUAUAUUUCUGGGAAGAUGGAAUCAAAUGUCACAGCUCAUGGUGUAAUUUUAAUUGGUGCAAGAGAAAAUUGUUGACUAAAAUUCAUCCAUUCCUUAUCAUUAACAUACAAUGUUAUAAAUAAAAUGCAAUGAAAUGGAAUGAAAUUAAAAAAA